AUGGAGUCGAACGUUUUGGAGGCAGGUAUUAAUGAUAGAACCUUGUCUCAAGCUGAAGUGGAGCUCAAGAAAUACCUUCAGGAUCAGCUCUGGAAUGCAGCUUAUGCUUUUGAAUCCAUGGCGAGACAAAAGGCCAGACUGAAGUGGUUAAAAGAAGGGGACAACAAUUCUAACUAUUUUCAUAGACUGAUUAAUCAUAGAAGGAGGCACAAUGCUAUUCAAGGUCUGAUCAUAGAUGGUGUGAGGGCUAUCAUCAGCAAGUUUGAGGCCAAGCUUGCAAAAUGGAAGCAAAGAUGUCUCUCUAUGGGUGGCAGAAUAACCCUCAUUAACUCUAUUAUUGAGGUUCUUAUUCAGAUAGCAAAGAAUGAGGAAAUUGAUUUAUCCGUCAAUUUUGCUGCAAAAAUUGCUACAAAAUCUAAGCAGAACCUCAGAAAAGCAAUCAUGGCUCUUGAAGCAUGCAAUGCACACAACUAUCCUUUUUCAGAAGAACAACCAAUUCCGGUUGGAUGGGAGGAGAUUGUAAUAGAAGUUGCUGCAGAGAUCCUAGCUGAUCCAUCAUUUUCACGGCAAGAAACUUCUCUUCCUAUCUUAUGUUCUAUAAGGGAGAAUGAGAAGCUAAUAACAUCUUAUUAUUUGGGUUCUGAAUACAACUAA